AUGACAGACGGGUUUCUAGGUUUUGCACUUGUUGCUGCUGAGUCAGAUAAGGCGGACCCUUUUGCUGCGGCAGAUUUGGCGGCCGCAGCAGACGUGUCUUUGAUUGACGCACUGCAGGGUGGAACCGCGUCCGUUAACGACGAUUUUAUAGAUUUUACCCAGAGCAUCGAGCCAAGCGGCGAUGACGAGUUUGCUGACUUUUGGUGCUUUCACCAGAGUUUUAUAAACAAGAAAGAUAAUUUCACAGACUUGAAGCAAUCUUGCGCGGAAUUGUUUGGGGAGAAACGGAUAGUGGGUUUGGUGACUUUGCCCUAG